AUGGCACAAACAUAUGCUGACAAACAACCUCAAGGUUUCAAAAAUUACAUAGAAAAGGUCGCUGUUGUCGGGGCAGGUGGUCAAGUCGGUAAAUUCAUCGUAGAUGAACUGCUCAAGAUUGGAAAACAUAAAAUCACCGCGAUUACACGCGAAGAUAGCACGAACAAAUUACCAUCUGGUGUCGAAAUCAAGAAAGUGAAUUAUGAUGAUCCAUCAUCGCUCGUUGAGGCUCUUAAAGGUCAAGAGGUUCUCAUUAUUACUAUGGCAGUCACAGCACCACCAGAUCAACAAACCAAAUUGAUCGAAGCAGCAGCAGCUGCAAAUGUACCAUGGAUCUUACCGAACGAAUUCGGAGGUGAUCCUACUGACUUGGAAAUGCAAAAGGACAACUUUAUUGGUGAACGUAAGGCCACAUACCGUGAUUACAUCGAAAAGCUGGGUAAGAGCUCCUGGAUAGGACUUGUGUGCAGCUUCUGGUACGAAUUCAGUCUGGCCGGUAGUAGUGCACGGUACGGAUUUGACUUCAAAGAUCGUACUGUCACUUUCUUCGAUGAUGGCAAUACUCGCAUUAACACGAGUACCUGGCCUCAGACUGGUCGUGCCGUCGCGAAAUUGCUCAGCUUGAAGGUGUUCAAGGACAAUGCGAAUGACAAGAGUCCGUGUCUAAACGAUUUCCGAAACAACUAUGUCUAUGUUUCGUCAUUUAAUAUCAGCCAGAAAGAUAUGCUGGACUCGGUUCUGCGUGUGACUGGUACCAGUUUAAAUGAUUGGAAAGUAAACUAUGAACCAGUCAAGGAUCGUUACAAAGCCGGAGUGGAAGAGUUCAAGAAGGGUAACAUGCUCGGCUUUGCAAAAUUACUUUACUCAAGAGCAUUCUACCCGGACAAGAAUAGUAAUUAUGAAGAGAGAAAAGGUCUGCAUAAUGACAUUCUUGGUCUACCCAAAGAAAACCUGGAUGAAUACACAAAGAUUGCUGUGGAAAUGGUGGAGAAACAAAGUUAA